UGAAAAUUAUUUGCAUCUUCUUUCAAAGUGAAACUGCGCGGCAAAACGCGAAUGUCAAAGUGUCGUUACGAAGAUGUCGGUGGUGCGCAGGAUGAAUUAUCGCAUUGAGAAAUGCCAGGAAAGUAGCAAAGAGUAAAAUGCGUGGAAUGUUAUCUCGUUAUAUGUGACGUCGUUGAAUUGGAAAUGAUCUUGAAACGACGCGACAAGCGAGUGCAGCCGCCGCGACAAUAUUAAACGGACUCGAAGAACUAUGAUAAUCGGCGACGAGCGGAACGGAGCACCAUGGAGGAAAAGUCCCCGCCGUGGACGCGCCGCAGCGGCUUCGACACCGAUGCUGCUGCUCCUACUGCUGAUGUUUUGUUCGGCUGUACAGGCCCGCUAUGUGCCGGCGACCGAGGACACCCUGACAGCCGGUGGUGACAACGGCGGCAUCACCAGUAAUGCCUGCCACAGCUAUUGCGCUCGAAACGAGCCUCCCUCGAAUCUCCUGGACGACAAAGACGAUGCGGAUUUUGACGUUGAUUGCGACUUCAGAUGCAGAAUCGAUCACUGUUCAAAUGGCUGUAAUUUAUGGGAGCGAGCGAUCGACUCGAGCUGUCAGGAAGUUUGUAAUGCAACAAAACAACUGGUAUCGACGAAAGAGCUUUACUGCUCGGUUGGCUGCCAAAAUGCUCUGAGUCAACACUAUCAACUUAUCAGAGAUUAUAUUGGAGUUCCACCAACGCCGAAUCUAGUCGAAGAUUCAUUGACGUCAAAUUCGUUAACGUUGAAGUGGAGCAAUGCAAAUCUCAAACAAUACGACACGAAAUUGCUUUACUUUGCUCAAUGCAAGCUCGAAGAUGUCCCGGAAAAGAAGUGGAAAUACUGCAAUAAUCAAAACUGGUUGGGGAAUAACCAAAUAUCCCUGUACAAUCUACAACCGUACGCGAAAUAUCGAUUCCGAUUGGUCGUGUACCUGAAAAAUGCCAUCGACGACGAUGCGGCGAUUUUUUCUCGGCCGAGUGCGUCGAUCCUCACGGCUCCGAGCGGACCACCGAGCUCGGCUCCUCGACUGGUCAAGGCGUUGGCCGUCGAUCACAGCAGGAUUUACGUCCACUGGAGACCCGGUACCUAUACCAGUGGGCCGCUUUACUCUUAUGUUUUGCAACUGCAGCAAAUCAGAGUCGAAAUACCAAUGUCACAAGACACUUACAUCUUUCAAAAUUUGGACGCCGAUUCCAACUAUACCAUCAGCCUGAAGAUGAAAAAUGAAAACGGCGAGGGACCUGCUGCAUCUACCUUCCUGAAAACUUUACCAGAACCAGAAACUAAUCCAGCAGAAAAACCCAAACUGAUAAUAAGCAGUGAGAAUGUCGUAGCCGUUCAGACUACGGAUACAAUGUCGGCUACUUCUCUGUUUGCCAGUAGCUACAGGAUACGCGACGUGGCUCUGCACAUGUCUUCGUCAUUUUUCUACGUGAGCGAUUCGGCUGAUAAUUUGCAUCGCGUUUCGUUCAACGGCUCAAACGCGACGAGGCUGAAUAUCUCGGACGACUUGAGACCGUGGCUGCUCUCGGUCGAUUGGCUCAAUCGAAGACUCUACGUGUCUGGCUCCAAGGACGACAUUGCUUACUGGGAGAUCCAUAGUUACGAUUUGGAUGGAACCAAUGAGAGGCUUGUAGUAUCGGAAUUGAAUAAUCAGCCCUCUUCUUUGCAAGUAGAUUCCGUGAAUGGUUACCUUUUCUGGAUAGCCGCCGAUGGAAUUUACAAAGUUGAUUUACAGAAUGUCCAAGAGCAGAUAGUAGCUAAGCCAGAACAUAUUGUACAAAAAUCCAACCUCGGAGCGUUCAUUGUCGAUUAUGCUGAACGGCGAUUGUUGGUGGCGUAUCAAUCCGAAAAUACGAUAAAGCACGUUUCCUUCGAUGGUAAAAUUGUCAUUGACGUUCGAACGGACGCCCAGCAACCGAGAUUCAACAACGUUACCUCUUUGUCGAGCGCAAACGGAUUAUUUUACUGGACCAACGGAGAGGAAAUCUAUUCGGAAUCGUUCGAGCCACUGAAAAAGAAGUACACGCCUCACGUGCUCUUCAACAAAGUCGACGAAAGUUUCGUAAAUCUACACACGCUGAGCGAGGAAAGUCAGCCAAUUCCUUGGCCCAAAUCACCUCCGGCCAACGUCCAAGUUCUCGUCGCGGCCGAUCGGGCCAAAAUCACCUGGACGAAGCCGGAGCUCGCGAGCGAUCAGAGCGAGGCGGCUUGGCAGAAUUGGACCUACGCGCUCUUCAUCGAGGACGACAGCAACGGAGAGAUCAUUCACAUUCGAGACCUCGACGGUUACGAGGAGAGCGUCGACAAUUUGCGCGAGCACUCGCUGUACACGGUCAGAGUCGCGACCUGCUCCGGCUCGGGCGACGGUCCUUACUCGAGCAAAUUCAAGGUGCAAACGCUGCGAAAGGAGUCGGACGCGUCCAUUCUAUGGCUCGGUAAUACUAGUCUCGCUCAGAGUGAUUUGAUUGGACAGAACGUAAAAACUGUGUUAAAUUUUACCGACUUGAACGUGGCCAAUGACAUUAACGUUACCGAUUUUCAUUGGUACGAAGAUUCCUUGUUUAUGGUCACGAGUCAGUUCAAAUUGAUACACUACAAUUUCACAAGCGAUCAAAGUAUCUUGGUUGAAAAUAUUGCAUCGAUAAGUAACGUCGCAGUAGAGUGGAUUACAAAAAAAAUAUAUUGGUUCGACCCAGACAAACAACUGAUUAUGAAAUCGAAUUUCAACGGCAAGCUGCAAGAAGCAGUGGUACAGACUGGAGCAGUGAAAAAAAUGAUCAUCGACUCGUUGGAAGCUCACGUGUAUUGGGCGACGAGUCGAACGAUCGAAGUUGCUCGUCUGAACGGCGAAAGUAGGCAUCGAUACCGCCACGAUUACAACUUCAAUGGUCUACAAGUUUCCGGAUUAACUUUGGAUUUGGAAAAUCGUUUUGUUUAUUGGAUCGUAGGAGACGGCGAGAAAGAUUUUAAAUUGUAUCGAUCAUUCACCGCUGACAUGUUACCAACCGAUAGAGAUUUUCCUCCCGAGUUGGUUUCGACGAUACAAAAUGUGUAUGGUCCAUCGUUAUCAUAUAUCUCCGAGCGUUUCUUCUUUUUUUCCUCGCCAAACACAGCUAUGGCCUCGGAUGUCUCUGGUAAAUUCAAAUCGGCCUUAGCGUUGGAAACGCCAUGGAACGCGAGCUUCUCUAGUCUCACAUUGAAAACACCAAUACCACCGCUCGAUCGGCAAAUGUCUCGACUCGUCGUUCGUCCGGAAGCGGUAAACGUCAGUAGCAUCAGGAUAGAGGGUAAUUGGCGCGACUUCAACGUCACGUGGCAAGCCGUCAACAAUACCAAUUACGGGCGAGUAUUUUACGAGGUCAGCUUCGCGGACUACAUCAACGUGGCCACGCAGCCGGUGAUUUCGAAUCGCAACAGCGUCAGCUACGCCAACGCCGAUCGCUUGCUUCCCUACUCUUUGCUGGAGAUCACAGUCAGAGCUUAUACCUACUGGGACUCGGCUCAGAGGGUCAGUAGAGUGCUGAGGUCGCCCCAGAGUGUACCGAGUCAGCCGACGAAUCCCAGAACUUUUGUUGAAAUUUACAGGGAUCCCUUGGCGGAACAAGAAGAUCACAUUGUUACUUUCAGAUGGGACAAACCCGAAUUUGCAAAUGGUUUAUUAACGGGAUAUACAGUUCAAUGCUGGUUUUUAGUCGAAGACAUAGAGGUCCCUAUCUGUGAUUCCGUAUCUCUGCCGAUUUCGCAAUUGGAGUAUCAAAUCCACAAACUUCAGGCCAACUCGACUUAUUACUUUCAAGUUUGUGCGUCGUCCGAAGCGGGUUCCGGGCCGUACACCGAUCCUACAUCCGCCGCAACAAACGACGAAAAUCCAGUGCCUCAACUGCUCAUUGCCACAGUGGAAGAUGUCAAGAAAAUAGAUCUGGAUCAACGAACGAAUAUUACGAUUACUCAGCAUAUAGCAGUGGAGGUCGCUCAUUUGGCUACCGAAUCUAAAAUUUAUUGGAUCAAUGAAAUGCAAGAGUUGGUGACGGCCAAUGUGGAUGGUAAAAAUAUCACGAAAAUCUUGACUCUCAACAACCCUGCCUUGAGUUUGACAGUCGAUUGGAUAUCCAGGAAUCUCUUUUGGGUGGAAUCGAAUUUCGACGACUCGGGAAUAAGUCAUAUUAUGAAGUUAGAUAUCAGUAUUUGGGAAGCUGGAAUACUUCAAUAUUCAAAGAUAUUAUCGAGAAGUCGAAGAAUUGUCAAUCUCGACAUCGCUCCACUAACAGGAUCGUUAUUUUGGAUGGAAUUGAGUUCGAGCGAUCUUGGAUACGUCAUGCAAUCCGAUCUUUACGGAGGAAACAUUCAAUCGUUUUUCAAUCAUACCGAGGAUUGCUCGUGUCCAUUUCGUCCGACUAUUCAACCGGUAUUUACCAUCGACAAUACGGAUCCCCAAAGUCCCGUUAUGUACUGGAUUUCGGCCGAAGGUCAGCUAUACAUCGCCGAUAUCGAAGGCUGCACUUGUGACUUGGUGCUGGACACGAGCCCGGAUCACCCAUCGGCUCCAUUCUCCCUCACCACGGACAUCAAUUAUAUUUAUUGGUCGAGUAUGGUGACGGGAAAAAUUUACUACAUCGAUAAAACGAGCACAACGGAAAACGGUUUAAUCAGAGAGUACCCGAUGAGAGACGCCAGAAGCAUACGGGCGAUUGGCAAGUCCUUGCAACCUUAUCCGGACUCCGAUUGUCUUCUGCCGCAAGCAUCCACGUCCAGCGUGCAAAUGGUAUCGACGAGUGCGAACAGCAUCACUUUGAGACUGCCCGAACCGUGUGCCUAUCUCGGCUGCAUGAAGUACAACUUACCCGCCACUCUGUACACUAUCGACGUGACCGAAUGCCAGCCUAAAUUAAACAAUAGAACGCUCGAUCACGAGUGCGUCAAUGACCAAGAGAGAAUUCGUUUCAAUACGUAUUUGAAGAUAUUCGAGGCGACCGAUUUGAAGCCGUUUACCGAGUAUCGAUUCAAGCUGACACUGACCAAUUAUUACGGAGACCAAGAUUUCGUACACGUCGACGAGAACGGGCCCGGAGUCAUACUGAAAACUGGACCCGGCACGCCAUCUGCUCCAGAAAAUCUGCGAGUUUCGUCGCUGACGCCGAAUCUCGCGCAAGCCCAGUGGGACCACUCGAGACAGUGGAACGCCGAGUACGUGCGCUACAAGCUGUUCUGGCAGUCGCACUCGAACGAGUCCGAGACCGGCGAGGCAUGGGCGAGAGACGGCGAACUUUCGGCUUUGAUUCAUCCGCUCGCGCCGGGACAACAGUACUUCGUGCACGUGAGAGCGUAUCCGGAAAAUUUUACCGACAACUUCAGCCAAAGCGAGGUGAAGCUUCUGCGAAUGCACCUUGAGCCGAAUGAUUUAACGUUGAGCGGCGUUCAUUCGGACGCACUGAACAUCAGCUGGGUGCCUAUGAACGAAUUAUUGUCGAGUUCCAUGCUCGAGUUUACAAAGACUGACGAAGAAAAUUGGCAGACUGCCUCGAAUUAUGUGUUCGAUACUAACAAUAGGUUGAUUUAUAUUCUUAAAGAUUUACUAGCUAAUGAGCAUUACACUUUUAGAUUAGUACUUAGAUAUAAAAAUUACCCCGAAGAUUUUGUAUGGCCAAACGACAAACGAUUUACGUAUCAAACUUUAGAAGACAUACCGACAGAACCAGGCUGUCCAUAUCUAAUAAAUUUAGAAAACUCGAGAUAUCAAGUACGAUGGUCACCGGCUAAAAGUCUUGGUUCCCACAUAAUAGAGUACUUUCUCGAAGGAACAAUCACUAAUUCAGGAGUAGUUUCUAACAACACGGAAUGGAAUGUUUAUUACAAUGGAACAGAAAAUUAUUGGGACGUUCCACAAAAAUUGCAACAAAAAUAUUCGUUCCGAGUAAGAGCAAAAAAUGAUUUUGGAUUCAGCAACUGGAGUCAAGUCAGCACAGUAAUUGAUCUUACGGAAAUAAGAAGAGCUUUCAAUAUAGCUCAAGAAAACAUGGAACUGAUUCUUGGAAUAAGCAUUCCGAUUGUAGUAAUUAUCUUCGUUGGUUUCAGCUAUUGCCUUUGUUCUUGUCGUAAAAAAUCCAAAGACGAUAAAAAUAAGCCAUCCAAUAAAACCAAACUGAACAUCGAAUUGGCAACGCUCAAGGAAAUUCCAAAAGGCAAUUUUAUCGAAAAUAAUGCACUUUACGUUGCCGCUGUGGAAUCAGAAACCGACGAUUCUGAAAUGUUACCAAAAAUCCAGAGGGAACAAAUUUCUCUUGCGAAAUUUCUAGGCAGUGGAGCUUUUGGAGAAGUUUUUCAAGGCACUGUAAAAAAUUCGGAAAACCCAGAAAAAUGCACACCCGUUGCCGUAAAAACGCUGCGCAAAGGAGCUUCGAGCCAAGAGAAAAAUGAAUUUCUUCAAGAAGCCAAACUGAUGAGUCACUUUCAGCACAAGCACGUGUUGCAACUAAUAGGAGUUUGUUUAGACUCGGACUCUCCGCUGCUACUAUUGGAACUGAUGGAGGGAGGCGAUCUAUUAAGUUAUCUCCGAAGCAGUAGAUCUUUGAAACCUACCGAUGAUUCGGCUCUGCGUCUCCAGGACUUGUUGUCGAUGUGCGAGGACGUUGCUCGAGGUUGUCGCUACCUCGAAGAGCUACACUUUGUUCACCGAGAUCUCGCUUGUCGCAAUUGUCUCGUAUCCGCGCGUGAUCGAGAUAAUCGCGUCGUCAAAAUAGGUGAUUUCGGACUAGCUCGUGACAUCUACAAAAACGAUUAUUACAGAAAGGAAGGAGAAGGUCUACUACCUGUACGCUGGAUGGCACCUGAAUCUCUGGUCGAUGGAGUUUUUACGUCGCAAAGCGACGUAUGGGCAUUUGGAGUUAUAAUGUGGGAGAUCACAUCUCUGGGACAGCAACCCUAUCAGGCACGUACGAAUCUCGAGGUUUUGCAUCACGUUCGCGCCGGAGGCCGUUUACCAAAACCAUUGAACUGUCCACCGCGAUUGCAUCAGCUCAUGUUGCGUUGCUGGAGUUUGGCAGAAACGAGGCCGAGUUUCAGAAUCAUUUUGGAUCAAAUCAUUAUGCUAAGAAAUAGCACCGAAGAUGGCACCUUAAGCCCCGUCAAUACGGGCCAAUUCCUUGGUAAUGCCUAUAAGUACAGCAAAGGUGAUUUGAGCAGACAAUCGUUUCAAAGCGAUUUUGACGAAUCAAAACCCACCAUUAGACCUAAAAAUUCACUAAUAAUGGACGAUGACAUGGAUUCGAGUGAAUCAAGAGAUCCUCGAGCGCAAUACGAAGUGCCGAAAUCCAUACCAGUUGUGAUCGGUAACAUCGCCAUGGAUAAAAGUAGAUAUCUCGAAUUGUGCAACAGUGAAAUCGGUGCAGCGGAAGUAAGCACUGACAAAGGCUCAGCCAGUAGUAUUAAUGGAUCAACCAGUACGUUGCUUCACGAAGAGGACGCGGCCGAUGAUAAGCGCGAUUCGUGUAGCUCGUCCAGUGCUAGUCUCGAUAGAACGAAUAAAAAAAUAGAAACUACGUAUUUGUUGGAUAAAAGAUCGUCGACCGCCAGUUUAGGAGACCAUAACAUUAAGCCUUCGAGCUCUUAUGCCAAAUUAGUCGUAAACAGAGAAUCUGUAUCGUCGCUUAGCGAUUACAGAAGGAUAAAGAAAAAAGCUCUCGAUGACUGGGAACGAUUGAACGCCGAAAGCAACAACUCCAUUGCCAUUUCCCCAUCGGUUUCCUACUCAUCGGUGACCUUUUUGCCGACAACUAUUGCAGGAGCGGAAAAUAGUGAAAAUAAAUUUAACGGUGAUAAAGUACAAAGAUCCAGAUCUAACUUGAGCAAAGCCAAUAUACCUUUGAUGAUAAACAGCGGACUUUUAAAUGUGUUAAAUCUGUCACCUGAAUUAAGCGAUGAAGAUGUGAAUUACGCCAAUAUUCCAUCCGAUCCAGUGACUGAUUUGUAACUUGUAUAUAUCCACUAUGUAUAAAGAAAAAAUGAAACAUCUUUCAUUAAUGAAAUUAUUGAUAUUUAAUUGAAUGAAUCUAUGAACAGGUUUUUUCAGACUUAUUUUAAUUCACACUUGUACAUAAAUAUAUAAAUAUAUGUAGCUUUCGUUCUAAUUAUAGAUCUUUUAAUUAAUGUGUAUUGUUUUAAAAAUUUUUCAAUGAAUUAUUUUGUUAAAAAAUAUAAAAAAUGAACUAACUCUACUUUAAUGAUAUUUUUUAUAAUUUUAAACUGUCAGAUAAAACCAAAGUAUUAUCAAAACAAUUUUUAUCCUUUUGUAUGGUGUAAAAAUGUUGAUGUAAAAAUAAAAUAUUGACG